CAGUAUAUUUAGUUCUCUGAAUACUCUAUAUAUACUAUAUAUACAGACGAUACGGAGCAUCACGUGAAUACACCUGGCCUGAAAAGGUAGAGUACCGGCAAUUGGGAAUGACAACAAGGGAAUGGCAACGAGGGAAUGGUACGUGGAGGGAUUCACACACUAGUGAACAGAUGCCCGAUCUGUGUGGCCUUAUAUAUAGCCAGCCUUAGGGUCGAGGCUGAGGAGAGUGUAGAAGCAUCAAACAGACAGUACACGCAGUGACAGAUAAAGCAUCAAACAAAUGGUGCAUACAGCAACGGAUAAAGCAUCAAACAGACAGUACAUACAUUGACAGACAAAGCAUAAAACAGCAACAGGCAUGACACAGGGAGUGCUUAGUGUCAACAAAACCAAAGGCUGAUAUCACAGAACAAAGACAGGAAGAACAAAGACAGCAUUCAUACUCAGGUAUGCAAAUAUACUCCAUAUACUCUAUACUCUAUACUCUAUACUACUGACAAUAUUCUCUAUUCUCUACUACCUCUCCUCUUUGCUCCCUGAUCAAAUAGCCGCGGGGUUGAUUUGUUGGCAGUCGAUCGGUGUUAUCCACGGCGUCUACUCUCCUACAUACGCACCCCGUGCUCGGUACAUCUCGGUACAUCCCAAUAACUGCCACCACAGUACAGCCUCAGGUCAUCCCCAGUGCCCUUCCCUCUUCCCUACAAAUCUGCCACACUCUCCCCCUCUCCUACACUCACACUCCUCUCCCACACUAUCCCUCUUUCAGCCUUAGCCUCACAAUACCCGCCCGCUCCCACUUUCCCUAGAUCAGGAUAGUUCAGUUUAGAGCCAGCAAGCGGUAGAAGCACACACCAAGCCAACACCCCCACCAAACUCCCUUAGCCGCACACCUUGAUAGUACGCUGCCAGCCCAUACCCAGCCCAUAUUCUGCCUUACCCUCCCUCUUCUGACUGACCACUCCAAACAGUCAACAGCCAACACACCCAACACAACAUCCUCAAAACCACACCAUUCUCCUCCCCACCCAGAAUCAAACUCGUUAGGUAGCCCACCAGGUUGCCUGAUCUACCAUCCUACUUUCUUCAUGCUUUCUCCCCCCUCUCAACCUUCAACACAAGAAGCUCGCUGAGUGAGCCAUUCUGAUAUCGCCAACAUGUCAAACCACGGAAUCAUUCGCAUCGCAAAGGAGCUGAGCGGCAUCCAGAAGUCCAACGAUCUAUCUAUAGGAGUUGCCUGCCGAGAUGUCGACGUUCGAAACGUCCGCGCCAUUAUCUUAGGUCCCCCAGAUACCCCAUACGAGUUUGGGUUCUUCGAGUUUGCAGUCAGGUUUGGCAAAGAUUACCCAGCCAAGGCGCCCUCGAUCAAUGCAACCACCACGAAUGGCGGGAGAUGCCGCUUCAACCCCAACAUAUACGCACAGGGGAAGGUGUGCCUGUCAAUUCUUGGCACCUGGCGCGGAGAAAGAGGAGAGGAAUGGUCAUCAGCCCAAGGUCUCGAAUCGAUCUUAAUCUCCAUCCAAAGCCUCAUGUCCUCCAACCCCUAUGAGAACGAGCCCGGCUACGAGUCCGCCAAGAGCUCAGAAGACAAACAGAACCAAAAGAACUACGUUAUGAAGAUCCGCCACGAAACCCUCCGAAUCUCCAUCAUCCAACGCCUCGAAGAAUACCUCGGCAUCGCCGCCAACGGCACCAUCCUCCCCCCCCUCACCACCGACUCCGACUCCGACUCCCUCGACUCCAACUCCGACGAAUCCCUCACAGCAUUCGAGCCCUUCAAAGACCUCUGCAAGCGCCGCUUCCUCUGGUACUACGACUCCUACCUCCUCGCCAUCCGCAAGGCCCGCGAGGAAGUCACAGACGGCCAGCUCUUCGCGCGCAUGCCCUUCGAGGGGCAGGGCAACGACAUGGUUGGGAAGUUCAAUUAUACUGAACUUACGCGCCGACUUGAGAUGAUCAAGGGUACGCUGAAUGCUGAGACGCAUCGCUGGGCGGAUGAGGGGCUCGCGCAGAAGAAGAAAGACAGCGGUGUAGCGGCGAACUUGCAGCGCCAGUACGAGCAGGUCGUCGAGGCAUACAAGCGCGACUCAGCUGUAACCCUCGACAUCGAGCUCGUAGACUCCAACCCCUUCGUCUGGGCGAUAACCUACUUCGGCCGCCCGAUGACCAAUCUCGACGGCGGUCUCUUCCGCAUCACUCUCCGUCUCUCUCCCCGCUUCCCGGAAGAGCAACCGCGCGCGCGCUUCGAGACUAGUCUCUUCCACCACCGUAUUGCCCGCGAUGGGACGCCCUGCUAUACGGCAACAAGGAGCGAUGAUAUUAAGAGCCAUAUUGAUGGGAUCAUUGAGGCGUUGGAGGAGGAGAGCCCGCCGUAUGAUCCGAGGACGCUGGUUAAUCCCGAGGCGGCGAAGUUGUAUUGGGGGACGCAGGAUGAGAGGAAGGCGUAUAAUCGGUUGUUGAGGAGGGCGGUGCAGAGGAGUUUGGAGUAGGUUCCGCUUUGUGCCAAACUCACAUCCACAGGUCCACCAUCCACCUCCCCACCACCAACCUCCACAUCUCUCCUCAUCCACCUCCCCAUCUUCCCAAUUUCCAAUUUGUCAUUUUCCAGUUUUUUCCACAAAGAUAUCACCACCAGCGCGGCGCUCGGGCAGCACAGCAGAGGAACACACAAACCAGAUCCAUCAAUCAAUCAAUCAAUCAUACACAACGGCGUAAAAACAGCACAUCAGCGGGGGUAUCAGCGGGGGUGCACACGGAGUCUUUUAUUUUUGUCUUUCUGUCUUUUUUGAGGUUUAGGGGGUUAGGUUCAGGGUCAGCGGGGUAUCAGGGUGUUAAGGGAAGGAAGGGAUGGG